AUGCCAAGCCCUACUUCUAUUAGAAAACGUAACCUUCAAGAUGAUUUAGAUUCACCAAUAAAAAAAAAAUUAAAAACAAAAUUGAUAAAUAGCACUAGAAAGUUGCAUAGUAAGGUUACCAUUAUUUCAAAAAUGAAAAAAAAAAUAGUUACAUUAAAAACAAGAAACACAUUACAUAAUAUACUACACUCACAUAAAUUUCCAUCCAAAAACUCAAAAGCACUAGUCACAAUGCAACUGAAAAGUAAAAAACGCCCAUGGACAGAGGACGAAAAGAACUUUGCUCUUUCUUUAUUUUAUAAAUCGCCAGCCGCAUAUAAAUUUUUAAGACUUCAAAAAGUAAAUUUACCAGCUCCUUCCACAAUCCGUAAUUGGAUUGGAGAAUCUAAAUUUUUACCAGGCUUUAACAGAUCAUUUUUAGAACAUAUAAAAAAAAAAUUUGAAGCUAAAAGUUACAAAGAAAAGGCAUGUAGUGUUUUAUUUGAUGAAAUUUCCAUCAAAGAGUUUUUGGAAUAUUCUAAACAAUACGACUUUGUAGAAGGUUUUGAGGAUAUUGGUAAAAUUGGAAGAGGAAAUAAAACUGCCAAUACAGCACUUGUUUUUAUGGUUAGAGGCAUAUAUUCAUCUUGGAAAUUUCCUAUUGCUUAUUUCCUAGCUCAUUCUGCGGUGAAAUCUAAAACGUUGAAAACAUUAAUAGUUGAUGUUAUAAAAGAACUAAUAGGUGUAGGACUUUGUCCAAAAUUAACAGUCUGUGACCAAGGAACGAACAACCAAAGUGCUCUUAAAUUAUUGAAUGUAAGUGAAGAUAAGCCUUAUUUUUUUAUAGAUGAAAAUAAAAUAUUUGCCAUUUUUGAUGUCCCCCAUCUUGUUAAGAGCAUCAGGAACAAUUUAAUAGGUAGUGUUUUUAAAAAAGAUGACAAAGAAAUUUCUUAUACUGAUAUAAUUGAUACUUAUCAAGUGGACAAAAAAAAUAAAAAAAGUAGGGCUCUAUUAAAAAUAACUGAUGCACAUAUAUUCCCUAAUUCUUUCCAAAAAAUGAGGGUAAAAUUUGCCACUCAAGUAUUUAGCCAUUCAAUGGCAUCAACAAUGCGGACGUGUAUACAAACAAAACAAUUACAAAAUAAAAACGCACAAGAUACAGCAGAUUUCGUAGACUUCAUGAACAAACUUUUUGAUUGCUUGAAUAGUAGAACUCUUCUAAGUAAUAAUCCAUAUAAUUGUGCUCUUUCGGAUGUGGGAAAAGUGAAACCUUUUUUAAUGAAAGCUUCAACAUAUUUCACAAAUAUGCAUAAAUAUAAAAAAGGAAAGAUGUCUCGUCCUCCCUGUUUCAAUGGAAUUACACAAACCAUUAAUGGAAUAUUGAAUCUAUUUGAAGAAGAAAAACAAAAUGGUAUUUUGUUUUUACUUACCAACCGCUUCAAUCAGGACAUUUUAGAAAAUCUCUUUAGUAUUUUCCGUCAAAAAGGGGGGUACAACAAAAAUCCUACUGCUAGGACUUUGAGAACAUCGUUUCGAAGUAAUUGUAUUUUUUCAUUGGUCACUUCAAAAGGAACUAACUGCAAAGCAAAUAUAGAAGAUUUGGAUGAAAUUCAGUUGCAAGAACAGGUUAGCUUAGUCGUUGAAUUACCUCCUCAAGAUCCACUAUCAUCAUCAUCAUCAUCAUCGUCUUCACCAACACCAUCAACAUUAUCGUCACCUACGCCAUCAUCAUUAUCAUUGUUGACAUCAACAUCUUUAAAUAAUAUAGAAAUUAAAGAAGAAGAACCGAUAACAUUAGAAGAUUGUUCAGUAUUAUACUUUGCAGGAUAUUUGGCUCAUAGAUGUAUUGCACAAUUUAACUGUACAAAUUGUAUCAAUUAUCUGUUGACAAACAAAAACAUUGACGAUAAAAACCAAUUAUUAUUAUUAAACAAAAAUUAUACUUAUUUAGAAAUUCAAAACGAUAUAGGAUUGAAAGCACCAUCAAAAGAUUUUAAUAAUAUAAUAAAUAAAGCUCUUACUAUUUUUGAAGAUAAAAUUAAAAAUAUUUUACAUAAAAAAAAAUAA